UCUGUCGUUCUAUUCCUGACGUUUACGCCGAAAAUGCUCAGCUCAUGAAUGUUAAUUAAGUCACGCCGAGGCUACUUGGUUACUUUCGACCAGUGGCCGUCUACGCAAGCUAAUUAAUAUUCAUAAGCCAAGCCUCACCGAUUACGUGCACCGGACAGUGCGCUCGGAGCCACGCCCCGUCCCCCGCCGCAUGGAUGUUUCAGUCCAGCAUCUCUGAGCGCUGACCACAGGAAGGAUUUGGCCUCGCUGCACAGGAGGACGACACGCACAUCUGCUAGCAAUAUACUGGGUAAAGACCUAGAAUUAUUAAACCUGACCAUGGCGAACCGAGGACCCAGUUAUGGACUGAGCCGUGAGGUGCAGGAGAAGAUCGAGCAGAAGUAUGACCCAGAGCUGGAGUCUCGACUGAUGGACUGGAUUGUCGCUCAGUGUGGAGGAAAUAUAGAGAAACCACAGCCGGGGAAGCAAAACUUUCAGAACUGGCUAAUGGAUGGCACUAUCCUCUGUAGACUCAUUAACAGUUUGUAUCCACGUGGUAAGGAGCCUAUUAAGAAGAUCCCAGAGACUCCGAUGGCCUUUAAGCAGAUGGAAAAGAUCUCCCAGUUCCUGCAGGCAGCUGAAGCUUACGGAGUAAUAACCACAGACAUUUUUCAGACAGUGGACUUGUGGGAAGGAAAAGACAUGGCAGCUGUCCAGAGAACUCUAAUGGCCCUGGGUAGCGUCGCUCUCACAAAAGACGAUGGACAUUACCGAGGUAACCGGGACUGGUUUCACAGGAAAUCUCAAGGCAACCGGCGAGAGUUUUCUGAGGAGCAGUUGCGGCAGGGUCAGAAUCUGAUUGGCUUACAGAUGGGUAGUAACCAUGGGGCAUCUCAGGCUGGCAUGACUGGUUAUGGCAUGCAUCGGCAGAUUAUGUAAAACUAUAGUGCCCAGCAACUUGCCUAAAAGACCCAGAAGACCUUAAACCCCCUCACCCCAGCCCUCACCAAGCAGUGGUCUGUGAUGGUGCAUCUAUUUGAUGAAGAAGAGCAGUCUUAGUAACGUCAAAAACUGAAGUAUAGAGGUUUUAGAGCAUGCUAGAUGUAUCUAUUUUAAGUUUGGUUUGCUCAGCUUGUGAUAUAAAUCAAUGUAUUUAUUUGUAAAUGUAUGCAAAGUGAUAGUAAUUCUUAUAGUUUUAUCUAAGCAAGUCAAAACAGCUGCCUUAUUCUCUAUGAGCGAACAGUGUGUUGAUAUGCCAAAUAACAGACAGCAACUAUAACAGUCUACUACUUUACAUAGUGUUUGAAUGUACAGUAAAGGACAGUUUGCCCUUCCAGAUACUGUAUUGCACCUGUUGUUAUUGUGAUCAGUUCCUUUGCUGUUUUAAUAGCAAAAAUGAAAAAGUAAAGAAU